UCAAUUAUUAAAAAACUCACUUGAACUAAAAAAUCUAAAUAAAAUUUAAUGGACUUAAAUUUUGUGAUAAUUUUUUUUAAUUUCCUCACAUUUAAAAGUAAAGAAGUGGCAUCGAAAAUUGCUCAAAAAAUCCACUAACUAUCAAAACUAAGCAUAUCAAAAUGAAAAUGUAAACUCCAAAACUUUUUUCUUUCAAAAAAAAAUGUGAACUCCAAAACUAAGCACACGAAAUUUGCUCUGAAAAUCCACUAAGCACAUGAAAAUGAAAACGUAAACUCCAAAAGUAAGCACACGAAAUUUGCUCUGAAAAUCCCCAACUAUCAUCCACCACCUUCAAUUUUAAUUAUUUUGCAGACCUCUCCAGCGCACAUCAACCGCAACUCGGCGAAGUGGAUUGGACGUGCCGCUGGAAUUUGGAUGGUCAGCGUCGUCGUCGACGCUGCGAUGGAAGAGAUCGGCUCGAUCUGGGAAAAAUCAGCGAAAUCGUCGUCGGGAUUGGACGCGCCGCUGGUAUAUGGAUGGCCAGCGUCGUUGUCGACGCUGCCAUGGCGGAGCUCCCAAGUGGAUACAGCAGCGAAGUCGAGAUCUGGCUUCUCUUCGCCUGACAUAACUCGGAGGAAUUGAGGUGAAGUAUGGUGAAAUUUGUGAGCAGCGAAGAUGUGUGUGUGUGUGUAUGAGAGAGAGAGAGAGAGAGAGAGAGAGAGAGAGAGAGUGAGUGAGAGAGCGGAGCAUAAGAGAGAAAGAGAGACGAGAGGAGAGAAGAGAUUUUGGUGUGGCUAAUUUUUUAAUUUUAAUUUUAGGGGCAGUUUAGUCAUUUAGUAUAAAAAUUAGUUAUUAUUUAAAAUUUUUAUUUGAAUAACAAAUUGACUAAUUUAAUAUAUUAACUCUAAAUUAUAUGGUGAUCGUGCAAGACACGGGUGUACAUUAAUUAAUGUAAAACGAUUUUCUAGAAAACUAUGGUACUCUCCUGAAAUUAAUAAUAAAAAAAAAAAAAUGGCAAAACAAGAUGUUUAUUUAUCCUUUUGAGAGAGACGACGACAGAGACGUCAAACCAGAAAACUGAGUAAUUAAAAAAUUAAUUAUGAAAAUUCAACAAAAAGAAAGAGCGUCUGCUUCAGAUUUUUAGAUUACAUUACUUCUCCGCAAAAACCCUAAACUCAACCCUUCUCCCCCAAUUUACUGAAAUAGAAUCGGUCGAAUAACCGGUAUAUCAACGAUUCCGGCCGAUUUGUUGAAAUAUAACCAACUCCGGCGAUAAUCGAAGCAGUGUUGUGUCCGAAGAUAACUUUCGUGGCUUCGGUGAACUCUCAGUCUGCUGAAUUCGGGAGGAGAGUGGCAGCAGUGUGGAUUUCUAAGGUCAGUCCGGUUUUGAAUUGACAAAUUUGUGUUUGCACGUGUUUCGGUAAUGGAAGUAAUGGGGGAAUCGAGUGCUUUAUAUGAUUUCAAUGUUUGUUUUUGUGAAGAAGGUUUGCUGUUUGGGAAUAAUUUCAGUGGAAUGAUGGUGACUGUUGUUGAUUACUGAUUUUGUGCUUCGUUUGCUGUUUUUGUUAAAUUUUCUGUGUUUGGUAGUUUCUGGUUGGUCAGGGCGGGGAGUCUGAGCUAGAUUUUGGAAAUGCCGGCCCGAAAUCAACCGGGCCUACCUGACCCGGCCUGAUAGGCCCGGCGGGCAAUUUUUAUUUUAAAAAAUAAUUUAGAAAAGCCUCCGUUAAUUCUUAGGUCUAAAUCUAAUUUAAACUCCUCUACCUUCCCACCCAUCCAAGCCGCCGAUACAAUCAAUCCCCACCGGCUGCUGCAACUCAUUUGACGCCCCUCCACCCUCCGUUUCCACCGCAUAAAGGAGCCAGGACUAUACGAGAGUUGGCUAGCAGGUGAAACUUCAUUAUAUUUCUUAGGAUGAAUCAAUAUAACCAAGGGGAAGGCUCAAGUGGCCUUUCUAUCCUUCCAUUAAAGCGUAGACGUGGUCGUCCUCGCAAAGAUCCGAGCUUAAAACGUGCACAAGCUGCUCAUGCACCACCUGGUUUUGAAGGAGCUAAAGAAUACCAUCCCCAGAGAGCUGAUGGAGUCAACAGUAUGGUGGGCCAGGCAGUAAGUGGUGUUGUUGAGGCCACAUUUGAUGCUGGUUAUCUGCUUACUGUUCGAAUUGGAAAUUCCACUACAAAGUUGAGGGGAGUUGUUUUUAAGCCAGGACAUUAUGUUCCUGUCACAGCUGAAAAUGAUGUUGCUCCUCAUCUUCAAAUGAUUAGAAGAAAUGACGUCCAGCUCCCUGCUGAAAAACAUGGCUGGUCCCGUCGCCAGAAACUUGCUAUCCAAGCUGGAGCUCUGGUGCCUUCAAAACGCAAAAGCAGAACCCAACUAGCAGCUCCCUCUGUCCCCCCAGUGGGUGCAAGAGGCAGUGUUGUUCCUGUUGUGCUUCAACCCAUUAGUUUUCAGAAUGGAGUGACCUCUAACCAAAUGCCUUCAGAUACAUCCAGGACCCCUCAUGUGAUGUCUUUCGGAGACAGAGAUGUGCAUAUGGUUGAACCAUUAUCCAUGUUGCCUCCGGAUAAAUCUAUACCUGUUAGCCAGUUAUUUCUAGGCACACAGCCCCACACGAGGCAUCAAAGUUCCCAAGGGACUGAGCAGAAUGACAACAAUCCAUUUAUUGGAGGUGGCACUUCUGAGGUCGGACAAGGAGGAAAGCUAAAUCCAACUGAAUCAACUGAGAAUGAGAACACUGGCUCUUCAGAAUCAUCAGAUACUCAAACUGAUAGUGGCAAGGAAGCAACUAAAUCAUCAGCAGAAGAUUCAGGCGCUGUCUCGAAGCAAGACACUGGAAAUACUAAUGAGCCCUUCUCAACUGAGUCUGUGCAGAGUGCUUCUGUGACAAAACCCUUCUUCAAUUAUGGAACUGGCAGGAUGACCGAGCUCUUACAGGCUGUACAGGAGAAUAUGAAAGAGAACCAGGUGCAAAUUGCUGAACAUCCACCUUCCGGUUCAAAUAAGGAUGCCGAUGUUGAAACUGACCCGAAACUAGAAGCUAGUGCUACUGCUGCUCCAUGAUCGAUAUGUUUAACAUGUGUACCUGAUUUCCUUACUUGUAUAGCAUAGUUGUAUUGGAACUCUCAGAGCAACGCAGCGGUCAACAUCCCAAAAGUGUAGAGCAGGUGAUGGGGUUUUUAGUGAUGACAUUUAGGGGAUAUGUUUAUUUUGUGUUGUAGAUGCACAGCCUUUGAUGACCAUUUUGUAACUUGCUGUCCAAAGUUUCUUCCUUCUUUUCUUUCGCUCUCAUGACCAUUCUAUAGCUUUCAUCUUUUUUGGGGAAGUAUCUUCCUUCAUAUUUUGGUGGCAUGCACGUCUUUUGUGCCAUACCCAUAUAUUUUUUCCCAAGAUGAA